AUGUUGCCGACGUCUCGCCUUGGCCUCAUUGGCCUCUCACUGCUCGCCUCAGCGGAGGCCGCCAAGUACGGAUACAACCACGUUACCGUCCGCCAAGACAGCGAUGCCAUCGCAGCCAACUUCCAAGCCAUCGAGGGUGUAGACUUGCUGUCGCCCGCGUUUCUGAGCCCGGAGACGAUCCCAACCGGCUUCGCUGAAGGCACGCAGGGACCUACUGCGGAUGAUGUUCUUGACACCUUUGUUCAAGAUCUCGCCGACAAGAACAGCUGGUUGACCUACAACAAAGCGAACUUCACCUCGGAGGAGGGCCGCCCGUUCCCCUACCUCCACCUCACCUCAGGAUCCGCCAAGUCUCGAAGGGCAGCCAACUCGACCGGCAAGGUGCGCGUCUGGCUUCAGGGCGCCGUCCACGGCAACGAGCCUGCCGGCGAUCAAUCUAUGCUGGCCCUCUUGGGCGCACUUGACGCGAACCAGACCUGGACGGCCUCGCUCCUCGAGAAGCUUGACAUCGUCAUUCUGCCUCGCUACAACCCCGACGGCGUCUUCUACUUCCAGCGCACCCUGGCCACCAACUACGACCCGAACCGCGACCAUGUGAAGCUCGCCCGCAAGCAGACGCGCGACAUCAAGUCCCUCUUCAACGAGUUCAACCCCCACGUGGCCGUUGACAUGCACGAGUACAGCGCCACCGCCCGCUACGGCAGCUACUACCACGCCGCCGACGGCCUCUUCUCCGCCGCGAAGAACCUCAACAUCCACCCCGACAUUCGCUCUCUGUCCGAGGAGCUGUUUGCCAAGAACAUCGGUUCCGCAAUGGAGUCUCGCGGCCUGCGCUGGGAGCCCUACGUGACGGGAUCCACCAGCACCAACCCCGAGUUCAAGCCCACCUUCGCCGAGGCCGGUUCCGACGCCAAGAUCGGCCGCAACGCCAUGGGCCUCACUCAGUGCGUGACUUUCCUGAUCGAGAUGCGCGGCAUUUACCUCGCUGAUCAGGAAUUCCAACGCCGCACCGUCGCGGGUCUCACCAUGGCCUCGAGCGUGCUGCAGACUGCUGCCGACAACGCGGACAAGGUGUACACCACCAUCGAGUCCUCCAUCGCCGACUUCAAGACUAACGACGCCGAGAUCAUCGUCACCGACUCCUCGCCCACUGUCCAGCGCACCUUUACCAUGGUGAACAUCAACAACGGCUCCGUCGUGCAGGUCCCCAUCAACUUUGGCUCAACGACCCCCGUGACUGCCAACAUCACCCGCGCGCGUCCCGAAGCCUACCUCAUCCCCGCAUCAUGGGCCGACCUCGCCGAGCGCCUGUGCGUCGGCGGACUUGAGGUUGAGACCCUCGGCGAGCCGUACAAGGGCACCGUCGAGGCUUACACCAUCACCUCUGCGGAGUUCGAGACUGGAUACUACGAGGGCGUCGUCCGCGCCACCGUCACCACUGAGCCUCUCACAAGAGAAGUUAAUCUGCCUGCCGGUAGCUUCCUCGUCAGCACGAAGCAGAAAAACGCCGCGCUGGCGUUCGUUGCACUCGAGCCCGAGAACAUUGACUCCUACGCAAGCUUCAACAUCGUGCCCGUCGAGGAGGGUGACGAGUACCCCAUCUACAGGGUCCUCUGA